AUGUCUGCAGAAACAACCGAGGUCGGUCCUACAAAGUGUGUAGGCCCAGAUUAUCGAUCUGAGAGCCAAAAGCCAACGGCUACGGUGUCGACUCCAGUGAAAUAUGACAAUGUUAUCACGCUUCCCCAGACGCCUCAGUUGAUUGCGUUGCUCACUAUGAUUCGAGACAAGAACACGGAGCGAGCAGACUUCAUUUUCUACUCCAACCGAAUCAUUCGGCUGCUGGUCGAGGAGGGCUUGAACCACCUUCCCAUUGUCGAACAGACUGUGACCACUCCUGUCGGACGUUCUUAUGCAGGACUUCAGUUUCAGGGCAAGAUUUGUGGUGUCUCCAUCAUGAGGGCAGGCGAAUCCAUGGAGCAAGGCCUUCGAGACUGCUGUCGUUCUGUCAGAAUUGGCAAGAUCCUCAUUCAACGUGAUGAGGAGACUGCCAAGCCCAAGCUUUUCUAUGAUAAGCUCCCAGAGGAUAUUGCUAGCCGAUGGGUGCUCCUUCUCGACCCCAUGUUCGCCACGGGCGGCUCCGCCAUUAUGGCUGUCGAUGUCUUAAAGUCUCGAGGCGUUCCCGAGGAGCGUAUCCUCUUCCUCAACCUCAUUGCCAGCCCAGAGGGUAUUGAGAACUUUGCCACCAAGUUCCCCAAGCUGCGGGUUGUGACUGCAUUUGUGGACGCUGGUCUUGACGAGAAAAACUACAUCAUUCCAGGUCUCGGAGACUUUGGCGACAGAUACUACACCAUGUAA